UCAGUCGCUGGUUCUUGUUUCAGUGCUGGUUGAAGUCCUUGUGAAAAUUGCUCACCUGCAGGAAACAUGAGGUCACGGUACAUCACAGCUCCCACGGUCACUGUCCUUCUGUUCCUGCUGUGGAUCCCACCAUCAACAGGCUGCAACAAGGCUCUCUGUGCCAGCGACGUCAGCAAGUGCCUGAUACAGGAGCUGUGUCAGUGCCGCCCUGGGGAAGGGAACUGUUCCUGCUGUAAGGAGUGUAUGCUCUGCCUGGGCACACUUUGGGAUGAGUGCUGUGACUGUGUUGGUAUGUGCAAUCCUCGCAAUUACAGUGACACACCUCCAACAUCCAAGAGCACUGUCGAGGAGUUGCAUGAACCAAUUCCUUCUCUUUUCCGGGCACUGACAGAAGGGGAUACUCAGCUGAACUGGAAUAUUGUUUCCUUCCCCGUGGCAGAAGAACUGUCACACCAUGAGAACCUUGUCUCCUUUUUAGAAACAGUGAACCAGCCACAGCAUCAGAACAUCUCUGUUCCAAACAACAAUGUCCACACACCUUACUCUAGUGACAAAGAACACAUGUGUACUGUGGUGUAUUUUGAUGACUGCAUGUCAAUACAUCAGUGCAAGAUCUCUUGCGAGUCCAUGGGAGCUUCCAAAUACCGAUGGUUUCACAACGCCUGCUGCGAGUGUAUUGGGCCAGAAUGCAUCGACUACGGCAGUAAAACUGUCAAAUGCAUGAACUGCAUGUUCUGAAGCAGGAAAACUGUAAUACAGCAAUACUGAGGCCAAAGUAAUCUUUCUCGGUUAAAGAGACUGGGAUUGCAAAUACUGCAUUUUGGUGGAGUGCCUGCUGGUUGCAAUUAAAUGUACCUGGUUGAAAAGAGGAUGUAUAAAAUCAGAGAACUUUUUUUCUUUUUUUUCAUUUUUGUUUAAAUUCAUGUAAGCGAGGCUAACUAGUAGAUGUUUAAACACUAUGUUUUAAACUUAUUUUUCUUUAUUUCUGCUCAGAUGGUACAGUCGUGCUCAUUGCUAUUCUGAUUGUUUUCCUUUGAUUGGAAAGUAUUGGCUAUACUGGUUUUCAGAACGUAAUACUCUAUCUUGCAGUUUAGAGUAGGGAAAUUUUUAGAAUAUGUAAUGAGAUUUCCAUUAUCUAAAUUCAACAAAUAAAUAAAUGGCUGCUAGGUUGGAGGGAGGGUGGAUGUUGUUUAGGGGCUGGGUUUUUGGGAUUUGGCUUCUGGUUUUGUUUUUUAACUUUAUUACCUUCCAGGUUUUGAGGUUAGCUUUUUAUUGUGGAAGUGUAUUUGGAGAAAAAUAAAAAUUCAUGCUUUCUCUUUGGGUUCAAACUAUGGGCUGUCAUGGAUGAAAUCCUAACUUCUUAGAAGGGCUGCCCAACAAAACACCAUGAAUGGGACACUUUUCCUCCAAGUUUCAUUUGCCCUGCUCUCUUUUCAUUGGGGCCUAUGAUGUAUAAUUUAUGUGUUACAUAGAAUAAUCUUUUCAGUCUUCUCUUAGAUCCCAGAAUAAAGCUGUUAAGUGCAGUUGCAUUUCCCACCUUUUGCACUGUUCUGUAGGGUUAUUACACCUUGUACAUUUAGUUCAGUAAAGGGAAUAUGAAAGGCUAUGAUGGAUUUAAUGACUAAAGGAAUAAAGAAUUAAAUGACAGGAACAAGCAAGCGGUACAGGUCUGAGCAGCUGGCAGCAAACAUGUUCCCAUUUAGUAAUUUCCUGUGAAUAUUUAUUCCAAAACAUUUUUAUUAUUAUUAAAUUUCUUUUUUUCCCCCUCAUAAAUUUUUAUCAAUGAAGAAGGGAAUAUGUGUCUGCAAAGGCAAAGUUAAAGUGUUUUGAGUUUAGAACAUUGUCCAUUUUUCUAAGUAAGAGUUUUUAUGUGUUGACAGCUACAUAGCAGUUACUAUGACCCAUUUAAGGGCUCCACAGAUAAUGGUACUAAGUACAAGAAUAAAGUGUAUGAGUAGUUAAUGAUCAGCUUUUUGUAUUUAUAAUAAUGUGGGUUUUAACUCCUUGAAACUCCUCAGUCUAGAGGGAUUAAACUGUUUUCUAGUUACACCUGUCUAUCUGUACCAUGUACAAAUGAAAGCAGUCAUAUUACUUUUAUUUUGUUGAAAAAUUUGCCUGAAUGUUUUUAAUUUUUUUUUCUCAUGAUACAGUUCUU